ACCCCAGGACCCAGAGAGAAGCCCAGGUGGGGCGGGGCCUGAAUACGGGUCGGCGUGUCCAGCAGGUGGCAGCAGCGAGCGGCCGCGCCCCCUGCACUGCCACCCCGCGAGCCCGCAUCAUGGAUGUCGAGCUCUCCUAUUUCGCUUUGCUCGCCUUGGAAUUCGAGACCCCAGACGAGAAACAGGAUUCAUGAACCGGUCGCAGGGGCCCGGGCAGGGGCCUCUGGCUCCCGACGCUGGCCGAAAGGUGAUGAGUGAGGUCGGAAGAUCGGAAGAUUUUAAAAGCAACCAGGGCCUCCGUAUUGAAUGAAAGACCCAGUGCAAAGGCAUCACCAUGAACACGAGCAUUCCUUAUCAACAGAAUCCUUACAAUCCCCGGGGCAGCUCCAAUGCCAUCCAGUGCUACCGAUGUGGAGACACCUGCAAAGGGGAAGUGGUUCGAGUCCACAAUAACCACUUCCACAUCAGAUGCUUCACCUGUCAAGUGUGUGGCUGCGGCCUGGCCCAGUCGGGCUUCUUCUUCAAGAACCAGGAGUACAUCUGCACCCAGGACUACCAGCAACUCUAUGGCACCCGCUGCGACAGCUGCCGGGACUUUAUCACUGGCGAGGUCAUCUCCGCCCUGGGCCGCACCUACCACCCCAAGUGCUUCGUGUGUAGCUUGUGCAGGAAGCCUUUCCCCAUUGGAGACAAAGUGACCUUCAGCGGGAAGGAGUGUGUGUGUCAGACGUGCUCCCAGUCUAUGACCAGCAGUAAACCCAUCAAGAUCCGCGGACCAAGCCACUGUGCCGGAUGCAAGGAGGAGAUCAAGCAUGGCCAGUCGCUCCUGGCACUGGACAAGCAGUGGCACGUCAGCUGUUUCAAGUGCCAGACCUGCAGCGUCAUCCUCACCGGGGAGUACAUCAGCAAGGAUGGCGUUCCGUACUGCGAGUCUGACUACCACUCCCAGUUUGGCAUUAAGUGCGAGACCUGUGACCGAUACAUCAGCGGCAGGGUCUUGGAGGCAGGAGGGAAGCACUACCACCCAACAUGUGCCAGAUGUGUACGCUGCCACCAGAUGUUCACUGAAGGGGAGGAGAUGUACCUCACAGGUUCUGAGGUUUGGCACCCAAUCUGCAAACAGGCAGCCCGAGCAGAGAAGAAGUUAAAGCACAGGCGAACGUCUGAAACUUCCAUCUCACCCCCUGGAUCCAGCAUUGGGUCACCCAACCGAGUCAUCUGCGCUAAAGUGGAUAAUGAGAUCCUUAAUUACAAAGACCUGGCAGCUCUCCCCAAGGUUAAGUCCAUCUACGAGGUACAACGCCCCGACCUCAUUUCCUACGAGCCUCAUUCCAGAUACACGUCUGAUGAGAUGCUGGAGAGAUGUGGCUAUGGAGAGUCGCUGGGAACAUUAUCUCCCUACUCCCAGGACAUCUACGAGAACCUGGACCUCCGGCAGAGACGGGCCUCCAGCCCGGGAUACAUCGAUUCCCCCACCUACAGCCGGCAGGGCAUGUCCCCUACCUUCUCCCGCUCACCUCACCACUACUACCGCUCUGGGCCCGAGAGUGGCCGGAGCUCUCCAUACCAUAGCCAGUUAGAUGUGAGGUCCUCCACUCCAACCUCUUACCAGGCUCCCAAGCACUUUCACAUCCCAGCUGGAGAAAGUAACAUCUACCGGAAACCCCCGAUCUACAAACGGCAUGGUGAUUUGUCAACAGCAACCAAGAGCAAAACAAGUGAAGACAUCAGCCAGGCCUCCAAGUACAGUCCAGCCUACUCUCCUGACCCCUACUAUGCUUCAGAGUCUGAGUACUGGACCUACCAUGGCUCCCCCAAAGUGCCCCGAGCCAGGAGGUUCUCAUCUGGAGGAGAGGAGGACGAUUUUGACCGCAGCAUGCACAAGCUCCAGAGCGGAAUUGGCCGGCUGAUUCUGAAAGAGGAGAUGAAGGCCCGGUCCAGCUCCUAUGCAGAUCCCUGGACCCCGCCCAGGAGCUCCACCAGCAGCAGGGAGGCCCUGCACACAGCUGGCUAUGACAUGUCCCUCAAUGGCUCCCCUCGGUCCCACUACCUGGCUGACAGUGAUCCCCUCAUCUCCAAGUCCGCCUCCCUGCCUGCCUACAGAAGAAACGGGCUGCACAGGACACCCAGUGCGGACCUCUUCCACUACGACAGCAUGAAUGCCGUCAACUGGGGCAUGCGAGAGUACAAGAUCUACCCUUAUGAACUGCUGCUGGUGACCACAAGAGGAAGAAACCGACUGCCCAAGGAUGUGGACCGGACACGUUUAGAGCGCCACCUGUCCCAGGAAGAGUUCUACCAAGUCUUCGGCAUGACCAUCUCUGAGUUUGACCGGCUGGCCCUCUGGAAGAGGAAUGAACUGAAGAAGCAAGCCCGGCUGUUCUAGACAGAGGCUCUAUAAAUAUAUAUGCACUUAUAUAAAGAUAUAUGUAAAGUCUCUAUACUGGAGCUCAGUAUAAUCCUCUUGUGUAAUGGGACACGCUGCCUGCCAGGAGACUUGCUUUUCUGUGCUGUCAGGCAAGCCCACAUCAUCAAAAUAUUUUUAUGCUCCUUACUUUCUCUUUUCUAAAUGUAAUGGGGUUAGGGAAGGAAUUUGAGGGGACGCCCAUCCUUUUACUAGGGAUCCUUUUUAUACUGAAACAUCUGUCCUAACUUGAGUCCCCCAAGGUCCAACCCUCCUUCCUAAAGGAGGUGCCUGAGGUCUCUUCUCUCUGCUUCUUAGCUCUUUUCUCCAGUCUUGAGUGUGGACGCUGACCAUGCGGUUUCACAUCUUAUUGGCCCCAGAGGGGCCUUCCCAUGGGUGGAUCCACAGCCAUCUCCCAAAGUCACUGAGCACCUUUGAGAGCCCUUGCAGAAUUUUCUCAUCACCCACAAUUAGGAGUUCGGUGCUCUCUGGGGGUGAUGCAGUUAGAAGUGUGGGCCUCGGGACUGCUCCUCACAGCAGUAAACAGAGGUGGCCAGGGACUUGGCCUCUCCUCGGCUCUUCAAUCCUCCUCCUUCUGUACUUGAUCCUAACCUCUCCCUGGUUCAAAUCUACGACUCAUGGUAAAGGAAAAGGCGCUUCCUUUUCUUCCACCACUUCCAACUGGCCCCUCUCUGCCUGGCCCCUACCAUGAGGACCAGAGAGAAGGAUUGGGAGCUGGGAGCACAAGGAGUGUAAGACAGAGAAGGGCACCUGUUAGAACUGGAGCUGCAGAACCUCUUGGGGCCUCUUCCCCCCCCGCCCCCCCACUGCUCCCAGCACCUCCUGACCCCUUCCCCCUUUGGAGGAGAGGCCCAUUAUUGCAGCCUGUAUUCUUCAGCCUUACUACAAUCUAUGUGCCUGACAACUCAACACACCACAGGGCUAAGGUUCCCACCAUAGCUCUAACCGACCAACUAGACAGACAACCUCUAUCACCCCUCUCAAGGUAAUAAAGGCCAUGUUCCCAAGAAAGGUUCCUGGUCUAUGCCUGCUGGUCCCAGGGCUGGCAGGGCAACCCAACUAGGACCUGAAUCCCACUACAAAGUGGGCCAAGUACCAUAGGGGAAACUUUCUGAAGAAUGGCUGCUCAUGAGAUUCCAGAAUGAAGCACUGGCCCACACCAUUCAGAUCCUCCUGGAUUUCCCCAGUGGCUGCUUUUCCUGCCUCCUUGCCUUCUGGAAUGGGGUGAAUGCUUAGCCUUCUCUCCUCCCCUUUCCAGACCUUCUACCCUGAGUUGGUGAUGUCUGGUGGGGCCUGUUCCUUCCUGGAGAUGCCUUGAGUCAGGCAAUUUUGAGAUCUUGGGAGGAAGGACCAAUGCAUGGAAAUGACAAUUAUGACUCUCAAGAGGCUGGUGAUGUGACAUGGCAACUGUAGAACUGACUUCAAUUCAACACACCCUCACUGAGCACCUGCUGAUGCUGAGCACUCGCUGUAUACUGAGCACUGAACGGGAGAGGGAGGUGGGACGCUGGGACGAUCAGCAUGGGCCUGGUCUGGGGGACGUGCCUACUAACAAGGCAUGGACUCAAAUGUGAUGGGCGUAAGGCGGAAAGUAAUGGGAGAUGGCAUGAGAAAGUGUUUGUGACAUUACUGAAAAGGCAGAUGGCAGUCGGUGCAGACGAAGGAGAGCGUUCUAGAGGAGACUGCAUUUGAGCAAAGUUCGGGAAGCUUCUUUGUAAACUGGGAGGAGACUGUAACUUGAAAGGGUGAAAGGAUGAGGGACCGGAAGGGAGGUCUAUUAUGCUCUCAUUUAAAACAUCAACCCCCUCGGUUACUUCUCUUUAUGGCCAAUAUCUUUCAACUGUCCUGACCCCUUAGAAAUGUCCCCAGCCAGACGCAAUCAUUGAAACUGCCUCAUUGUCACUGGUUGAGAACUUGGCAAGAUUUGAAGGGCUUUUGUUAUUGUUGGAUAUUUUUGUUUCCCAUAAAGGCACAUGAUUUCAACCCAGA